CGGGAGGGAGGGUUCGGAGCUUGGCUUGGGUCCUCCCCAGUCCCCCCCGGACUGCCGGAGACUUGGGCCGGCCGGACGCCCCUUCUGGCACACUCCCUGGGCCAGGCGCUCACGCACACAUACAAACACUCACACUCUCCUUUCCCUCCCUGGCGCCCUCUCCCAUCCUUCUCCACGGAGCGCUCGCGCUCUCGUUUUCUCUCUCCUAACACACACACACACACACACACACACACACACACACACACGCUCUCGCUCACACUCGCGUCCUCUCGGCCCCCGCGCUCUCCUCGCACCCACCUGCUCUGCAGCGCCCUGGGCGCACCCCUCCGUCGCGCGCCCCUGGCGCUCCUGGCGCAGACUGUCACAGCUAGAAGGAGCAGCGUGCCUCGGGGUGAGCGCCCCCGCCCCGCUCGUCCUCCCUCCCACAGGGGCGCUCCUGGUGCCCAGGACGGGCCGCUGAGCCGGAGGGGACGCCAGAGGCCAUGGUGGGAGCGCUUGUCCGCCUCGGUGCCCUCUGAGGCCAUGCCGCGCCCCGGCUGCCCCUCCGGCGCCCGCCUGCGUCUGCUUCUGCUCCUGCCGCCGCUGCUGCUGCUCCCGGGCAGCUACGCGGGCAACCUGACGGUGGCCGUGGUGCUACCUCUGGCCAACACCUCGUACCCGUGGUCGUGGGCGCGCGUGGGACCGGCGGUGGAGCUGGCCCUGGCCCGGGUGAAGGCGCGGCCGGACCUGCUGCCGGGCUGGACAGUCCGCACGGUGCUGGGCAGCAGCGAGAGCGCGCUGGGCGUCUGCUCCGACACCGCCGCGCCCCUGGCCGCCGUGGACCUCAAGUGGGAGCACAACCCCGCGGUGUUCCUGGGCCCCGGCUGCGUGUACGCCGCCGCCCCCGUGGGCCGCUUCACUGCGCACUGGCGGGUGCCGCUGCUGACCGCCGGCGCCCCGGCUGUGGGGUUCGGGGCCAAGGACGAGUACGCGCUGACCACCCGCGCCGGGCCCAGCCAUGCCAAGCUGGGCGACUUCGUGGCGGCUCUGCACCGACGGCUGGGCUGGGAGCGCCAGGCUCUAGUGCUCUACGCCUACCAGCCCCGCGACGACCAGCCCUGCUUCUUCGUGGUGGAGGGACUGUACAUGCAGGUCCGCGACCGCCUCAACAUCACGGUGGACCACCUGGAGUUCGCCGAGGGCGACCGCGACCACUACACCAUGCUGCUGCGCACCGUGCGACGCAAAGGCCGAGUUGUCUACAUCUGCAGCUCCCCAGACACCUUCAGAACCCUGAUGCUUCUGGCCCUGGAAGCUGGCCUGAGUGGGGAGGACUAUGUUUUCUUCCACCUGGACCUCUUUGGGCAAAGCCUGCAAGGAGCACACGGCCUUGCUCCCCACAGGCCCUGGGAGAGAGGGGAUGGGCAGGAUGUCAGUGCCCACCAGGCCUUCCAGGCUGCCAAAAUCAUUACCUAUAAAGAGCCGGAUAAUCCUGAGUACUUGGAAUUCCUACAGAAGCUAAAACACUUGGCCCAUGAGCAGUUCAACUUCACCAUGGAGGAUGGCCUGGUGAACACCAUCCCAGCGUCCUUCCACGACGGGCUCCUGCUCUAUGUCCAGGCAGUGUCGGAGACUCUAGCACAUGGGGGAACUGUCACCGAUGGGGAGGGCAUCACUCAGCGGAUGUGGAACCGAAGCUUCCAAGGUGUGACAGGAUACCUGAAAAUGGACAGCAAUGGAGAUCGGGAGACCGACUUCUCCCUCUGGGAUAUGGAUCCUGACACUGGCGCCUUCAGGGUUGUUCUGAACUUCAAUGGAACCUCCCAAGAGCUGGUGACCGUGUCAGGGCGCAAACUGAACUGGCCUCUGGGGUAUCCACCUCCUGAUGUGCCCAAAUGUGGUUUUGACAAUGAGGACCCAGCCUGCAACCAAGACCACUUUUCCACCCUGGAGGUGCUGGCUUUGGUAGGCAGCCUCUCCCUGCUCAGCAUUCUGCUCAUCUCCUUCUUCAUAUACAGAAAGAUGCAGCUGGAGAAGGAACUGGCCUCAGAGCUGUGGCGGGUGCGUUGGGAGGACCUGCAGCCCAGUAGCCUAGAGAGGCACCUCCGGAGUGCAGGCAGCCGGCUGACCCUGAGCGGGAGAGGCUCCAAUUACGGCUCCCUGCUGACCACAGAGGGCCAGUUCCAAAUCUUUGCCAAGACAGCAUAUUAUAAGGGCAACCUCGUGGCUGUGAAACGUGUGAACCGUAAACGCAUUGAGCUGACGCGGGAAGUCCUGUUUGAGCUGAAGCAUAUGCGGGAUGUGCAGAAUGAACACCUGACCAGGUUUGUGGGGGCCUGCACUGACCCCCCCAAUAUCUGUAUCCUCACAGAGUACUGUCCCCGUGGGAGCUUGCAGCAGGACAUCCUGGAGAAUGAGAGCAUCACCCUGGACUGGAUGUUCCGGUACUCGCUCACCCAUGACAUCGUCAAGGGUAUGCUGUUCCUGCACAAUGGGGCCAUUUGCUCCCAUGGGAACCUCAAGUCAUCCAACUGCGUAGUAGACGGGCGCUUCGUGCUCAAGAUCACUGACUACGGGCUGGAGAGCUUCAGGGACCCGGAGCCCGAGCAAGGACACACCCUCUAUGCCAAAAAGUUGUGGACAGCCCCUGAGCUCCUGCGAAUGGCCUCACCCCCUGCCCGGGGCUCCCAGGCUGGUGACGUGUACAGCUUUGGGAUCAUCCUUCAGGAGAUUGCCCUGAGGAGUGGUGUCUUCCACGUGGAAGGUUUGGAUCUCAGUCCCAAAGAGAUCAUCGAGCGUGUGACUCGGGGCGAGCAGCCCCCCUUCCGGCCCUCCCUGGCCCUGCAGAGUCACCUGGAGGAACUGGGGCAGCUGAUGCAGCGCUGCUGGGCCGAGGACCCGCAGGAGCGGCCACCCUUCCAACAGAUCCGCCUGAUGCUGCGCAAAUUUAACAGAGAGAACAGCAGCAACAUCCUGGAUAACCUGCUGUCGCGCAUGGAACAGUACGCCAACAACCUGGAAGAGCUGGUGGAGGAGCGGACCCAGGCCUACCUGGAGGAGAAGCGCAAGGCGGAGGCCCUGCUCUACCAGAUUCUGCCUCACUCAGUGGCUGAGCAGCUGAAGCGUGGGGAGACGGUCCAGGCCGAAGCCUUUGACAGCGUCACCAUCUACUUCAGCGACAUUGUGGGUUUCACAGCCCUGUCGGCGGAGAGCACGCCCAUGCAGGUGGUGACCCUGCUCAACGACCUGUACACUUGCUUUGAUGCUGUCAUAGACAACUUUGAUGUCUACAAGGUGGAGACCAUUGGUGACGCCUACAUGGUGGUGUCCGGGCUCCCAGUGCGGAACGGGAGGCUGCACGCCCGCGAGGUGGCCCGCAUGGCCCUGGCGCUGCUGGACGCGGUGCGCUCCUUCCGCAUCCGCCACCGGCCCCAGGAGCAGCUGCGCUUGCGCAUCGGCAUCCACACAGGACCCGUGUGUGCAGGUGUGGUAGGGCUGAAGAUGCCCCGUUACUGUCUUUUUGGGGACACAGUAAACACGGCCUCAAGAAUGGAGUCUAACGGGGAAGGUAUGCUGGGUCCCCGAGGCGGGACAGGGAGGGAAGGGUGGCUGUGGCUGAGGAAGGCCCUCCUGGCAGUGGGUGCCUAUCCAAUCCAUGUUCUGUCUCCUCCCAGGCUCCCUUCUCAUAAGGGUUCAACCUGGCCACAUCACCUUGAAUCUAAUCAGAGACUCAGGUCUCAGCUGCGCCCUCUUGGCAAAUGAUUGAAAAGUCUUUCCAGGCCAAUGUCCAGCAGUUCCCAGCUGGGAACUACCUUUAGGACCCUCUUGGGUGUGGUAAAAAGGGCUCCAGAGCAGCCCACUUGGGUGUGAGUCUCAGCUCUACAACCGACUCAGCUGUGUCAGUUUGCUACACCUCCCUGAGCCUCUGUUUUCCUCACCUGGAAAAUGAGAAUUAAAUAUCUACCUCAGAAGAGUUACGUGAGAAAGUCAUAUAACACGACUAGCAGAUAAUUGUCAUUCAACUUUUCUGAGCCUUAGCUGUUUAUCUUUUUUUUUUUUUAAUUAAUUAAUUUAUGGCUGCCUUGGGUCUUCGUUGCUGUGCGCAGGCUUUGUCUAGUUGUGGCGAGUGGAGGCUAGUCUUAGUUGCGGUGCGCGGGCUUCUCAUUCUGGUGGCUUCUCUUGUUGCAGAGCAGGGACUCUAGGUGUGCGGGCUUCAGCAGUUGUGGCACACGGGCUUCAGUAGUUGUGGUUCGCGGCCUCUAGAGUGCAGGCUCAGUAGUUGUGGUGCACAGGCUUCGUUGCUCCGCGGCAUGUGGGAUCUCCCCAGACCAGGGCUCGAACCCAUGUCCCCUGCAUUGGCGGGCAGAUUCUUAACCACUGCGCCACCAGGGAAGUCCCUGUUUAUCUUUAAAAUGAUGCCUGUCUCAGUGUUCUAAAAAAUAGCCCAACCCCUGGAACACAGUAGGUACCAAAUAAAUGCUUGCUCCCACCUCUUCCCUUGGGCUUGCUUCCUGUUGAUCUUCUGCCUCCUGCUGUAGUCAACACAAUUCAAUUCAGUAAAUAUUUAUUGAGCAACUACUGAGUACCAGGCCUUGGAAUACUAAGACGACCCAGACCAAAGCUUGCUAGGGAGUCCACGCGGACCCCAGCUAAGCCUCGUGGUGGGCAAAGGGCUUCUUGGGAGCCCAGAGGGGGUCUGGUUCAGCAGAUAUUCCCUGGACACUGUGUUGAGGGCGUCGAGGUGGAGAAAGCUUCUCACUGAGGUUCAGUCCUCAAGGAGCACAUUCUCAGAAAUCGUUUAACAGCAGAAAAGGGCCUCUGCGAUGCAGACCCCAGGAGUGGUAGGGGCGAGUUCAGAGGGAGGUCAAAGAAGGGCUGUGGGGAACAGCAGUCAGGAGUCAGGAGUCUGGGCAGACCUCAGCAGAUUUGGGCAGGUCUCCUCCCCGAGGCCUGGGCUCCCUCAGCCCUGAAAUGAGGGUGUUGAGUUAAGGAACGAUGAUAGCAAACACUCGUAUAGUGCCUCCUAAGUGCCAGACUCUUUUAAAAUGCGUAAUGAAUAAUGUUAAAUUUAAUCCUCACCAGAAGGCUUUGAGAUGGGUCCUGUUGCUAUCAGCAUUUUGUAGAGUAGGAAACUGAGGCCCAGAUAGUUUAUACUACUUCCCCGAGCAAGUGUCCAAGCUGGGAUUCAUCCUAGGCAGAGCAGGCUCCGAUGUCUGAGCUCCUGACCUCUACACUCUAUUGUCUGUCUAGAGCCUGGUGAUGCGCUGGAGUGCUGUCCAAUAGAACUUUCUGCAGUAAUGGAAAUGUUCUAUGCUGUGCUGUCCAAUAUGGUAGCCUCUGAGGCAUUGCAUUUUUCACUAUAUUUCAAUUACAGUUUAAAUAGCCACAGGUGACUAAUGGCUUUCAUGGUGGACAGCACAGUUCUAGAGUUCUUAGGGAGAGGCCUGUGUAGUCAGACACUACAUGGAGGGGGUGGGACUUUGAAUUAGGAGGCUUUCUGGGCCAAAGGAAGGAGGGAGAGCAUGUUUCUAGCCCCACAGUCCCUGAUCUCCUGCUCCCAUCUCUUGCUUCUCUCAUCUCCCUUCUC